AUGCAGACCAACGCCUUCCGCCACGAAAAUUAUGAUGGCCCAACUCAGCGCGCCAUCUAUCAAGUCGCAGCUGAAGUUCUCGACCAACACAUGCGGCGAAUCGACGCCCAAGCCAUUCUGCAGAUGAGCCAGUGCGUCGAAGAUGCCAACAGAGCCGUCGCGAAAGUCUCCAAUCAAGCUGCUUCUGAGAUAGCAGAGCGCGACAGGGAGAUUUCGGAUCUUCGCAAGGAGCUCAAGGAGCGUACCGACGAUACCAUCAAUUUGCGGUACGAGAUUGCGCAGAUGGCGGCAGAGCAGUGCCGUAUGAGCAUUGCGCUCCAUGAGCUUGUGGAUCCAGACUACGAGGUGGAUGAGGAGGAUCUCAAGGCGUUGGAGAGCAACAUGAAGUUGUUGGAGGAGCAGUUCAACUCCACGAAGAAGACGAAGAAGGGGAGUCAGGCUGACGGCUCGAAGGGCAAGUGA